UAAUUUGAAUAAUGAGUUGAAUAAUGGCCUACGUAGUCACCUUGCUCCACAACAACAACCAUGUAAAAUAAAACCAACUCACUUUAAAUUUUUUCUUCUUCUUCUUCUUCUUCUUCUUCUUGGGGAUUAAGUUAAGUUUCGGAACCGAGACUCAGACAUGGCGAGACGACUCUAUCUUCUUCCCCAAAAACUCAUCUUCACAACCUCUUCCAUUCCCCAAAACUCACGACCACUUCCUCUUUCCCACUUCUUCAGCUCCGAGCCCGACACUGAAGCUUCUUCCAACCUUAACUCCGGAGAUUCGAUGGCUAACCUCAGCAGAGACGAAGAACGCCUUGAAAAGGUUCAGAAAAUUCGACAUCUUCUCCAACAAGGCAGUGUGGAUACUGCUCAGAGGCUAAUCGGGUCUCUUGUUUCCUCAAAAUCUCAUUUUUCUUCUCCCUAUGAUCUUUACUCUCUCUUAUCUAUCUCCGCUGCGCCUUCCAUGAGACCUGCUUUAUCAAAUAUUAUAUUAUCGGCUUGUUUGGAAUCUAAAAUGGUCGCCGAAGCCAUGGAGUUGUAUGGUUUGGUGAAGAAAGAUGGUGUGGUUCCUUCUUUGAACACGGUUCAUAUGUUGUUUGAGUCUCUGGUGUCUACGAAACAGUAUGGGAAAAUGCUCGAGUUGUUUUCUGAGCUUGUUGAUUCAGGUAUUCGACCCGAUAAGUUCACGUAUGGGAAAGCGAUUCAGGCUGCGGUUAAAUUGGGUGACAUGAAAAGGGCUAUGGAGCUUAUGAAUUACAUGAAGACGAGACAUAUUAGCCCUUCUGUGUUUAUAUACAAUGUCUUGCUUGGUGGGUUGUGCAGAGAGAAGAGAACUAAGGAUGCAGAGAACUUGUUUGAGGAAAUGACUGAGAGAAAUGCAGUUCCCAAUUUGGUCACCUAUAACACGCUUAUUGAUGGAUAUUGUAAGGUGGGUGAAGUGGAGAAGGCUUUUGAUUUAAGAGAUAGAAUGAAGAGUAAAAAUGUGGAGCUUAAUAUUCUUACUUACAAUUCAUUGCUAAGUGGGCUUUGUCGGGCAAGAAAAAUGGAUGAAGCGAAGCAACUUUUGGAAGAAAUGAAAGCUACUGGUUUGGUGCCUGAUUGUUUUACUUAUAGUGUGCUUUUUGAUGGGCAUUCCAGGUGUGGUGAUAGUGAGGCAUCACUAGCUUUAUUUGAAGAAGCAAUGAAAAGAGGGGUGAGAAUUAAUCAUUAUACUUGUAGUAUUCUGUUAAAUGGUUUAUGCAAAGAUGGGAAGAUGGAAAUUGCAGAGGAGGUUUUAAAGAAACUAAGGGAAAUUGGGUUGGUUCUGGAUGAGGUAAUUUAUAACACCAUGGUUAAUGGUUAUUGUAUAAGAGGUGACAUGGAAAAGGCCAUUUCUACAAUUGGAGAAAUGGAAGUUCAUGGGUUGAGACCAAAUUGCAUAACUUUCAAUUCUUUGAUUGGUAAGUUCUUUGAAAUGAAGAAGAUUGAUAAGGCAGAGGAAUGGAUUCAGAAAAUGGCACAAAAAGGAGUUUCCCCAGAUGCAGCGACAUAUAACAUCUCAAUCAAAGGUUAUGGAGUAAUGCGCGAAUUCGAUAAGUGUUUUCUCAUUCUUGAAGAAAUGGAGAGUAAAGGGGUUAAACCAAAUGUUGUAACUUAUGGUUCUGUCAUAAGUUGUUUAUGUGGGGAUGGUAGGCUCCUCGAGGCUGAAGUAAUUCUAAGGGAUAUGAUGAUUAGAGGCGUUAGAGCAAAUGCACAGAUAUAUAAUAUAAUCAUUGAUGGUUUGUGUAAUGCAGGAAAGUUAAAUGAUGCCCUUAGAAUCUUUGAUGAGAUGGUGAAAAUUGGUAUACGUCCAACACUUGUGACAUACAACUCAUUAAUUCAUGGGUUUUGCAGAAAAGGAAAAUUGACUGAGGCUGAAGGCUUGUUUUCCCAAAUUCCAAUUAGCGGAUAUAGUCCUGAUGUCAUCACUUAUAAUUCUUUAAUUUCUGGUUAUUCUGAUGUAGAAGACAGUGAGAAAUGUUUGCAGUUGUAUGAAACUAUGAAGAGAGUGGGGAUUAAGCCUACACUAAAAACAUUUCAUCCUCUAAUUAGUGGAUGCAGUAAGGAAGGUAUGGAGGUAGCAGAGAGAGUAUAUCAAGAGAUGUUAGAGCUUGGUUUGGCCCCAGAUCAACUUAUAUUCAAUGCCAUGAUUCAUGGUUAUGCAGAGCAUGGUGAUACUCAAAAGGCAACUGCUCUGCAUACUGAGAUGAUAAACAAGGGACUUCAUGUUAACAAGAUGACCUACAAUAGCUUGAUUCUGGGACAUUUUAGAGAAGGAAAAUUGUCUGAGAUAAAUGAUAUUGUCAAUGAUAUGAAGGCCAAAGGAUUGGCUCCUAAAGCUGACACCUACUAUUUACUUGUUAAGGGAUAUUGUGAACAGAAAGACUUUAGCGGGGCAUAUAUUUGGUACAGAGAAAUGUUUGACAAUGGUUUUAUUUUGAAUAAUAACAUAGCUAAGGAGCUUGUCUCUGGUCUUUGCCAAGAGGGUAUGUUGCUGGAAAGCCAGGUUGUCUCCUCAGAAAUGAGCGUCAAAGAAGAAGAUGAUUGCAGCUUUAAUGAGGAGGAUCUUUCUACUGUUUCUAAAAUGUGAGUUGAUUCCAAACAUGGUUGGUGGGAACUUCACACUUUGCAGGGUCACUGUUCUGCCCGUAGACCCGGUAUUGAAGAGGGUAAAGAUCACUUGAGGAAUUCAUUAUUGGUGAAAAUAGCUGGUAGAAUAUUUCUAUUCUUGAUUAUUCUAUCAGCACCCACACCUGUUUUACGAUCAGCAAGAUACACCUCUGCAUCAACAUUUAAUUUUAAACCCAAACCAGCAGGCAGCUUCCAAGUUCCUUGAGCAGUAGGGACAGCAGCAGCGGGAAUCAAAACUGGGUCUGGUGGCGCACAAGCUGCUAUAUAUUGGAGCACGUAAGAGGCGGCAAAGAAUGCAAGAGCAGCCGCUGGCCUUCCUCAUCGACCAUGAGCAGCCCAUUCUGUUCUGUCCAGAUAUACCACAUUAUAAUAGAUUCCAAUUCAGCUUUGAAAAAUGAAGACAAAUGUACCAAGUAGUCCUCAUGAACCAUUGAGUUUGCCUUGUGAAAAUCAAAAUGAUAGUCUGAAUGAUUUCAAAGCAAUUAUUUAUAUAUUAAUGAAAGAUAGUGUAAAUAUAUCUUUGGACUGGUACAUACAAAUUUGUCCUUAGAAUGCCAUUUGUUGCUAGUGUACGUAUUGAGAAGAUUGUGCUCAAAAUUCAUAUUUAUUUAAUAUGAAACCAUCAUUAAUUGUGAAAGUAGAACUACUGGUCAAUAUUGUCAUCUACUAUGAAAUUUUAGCUAUGCUCAAAAAUGUUAUGCUGAACAUUUUAUAAGAGAAUUAGAGGCAGAAAAGAGAAAUACAUUAUAACUGUAGACUUUAUCUCAUUUCUUACUUUCUUUUUUCUCAAACAAUUCCAAGGAAAUAGAAAGACAACUACAAAAUUUCACAAUUACAAGCAAUUCACUCAAAUAACUUCAACCUACUUGGGUGGUCAAACCCAGAAGAUUUUACUUCACUUGAUCUUUUUCCCCCUCUUUGUGCUUCAUUUCAUACAACAUUUCCUUUUUGUGUUUUCUCGUUACAUUUCUUGAAUAUUCACAAGAGAACUAACAGAUCUUCGAGUUCACUAACUCGAAAUUUUAUGAUGAACUUGAAAAGAAUGACAAUAUAAUUUUUUUUUUCUUUUUUCUUUUUUCUUUUUUCCCCUUCUUUUUUACAAGCUAUAGGAGACAACUCACAAUUUUUAAAAAAGCAGAUAUUACGUUGGUGAAGAAAAGUAUGUUUAUGAAGGCACAUGGCUAAGAGAGAGAUCAGAGGAUACUUGAUCAUUGAUCUUAUUAUUGGGUUCCCUAUUAAGAGUUUGGGACAAAGGUGCCAACAUAUCCAAACCCCAUGAUGAAAAAGGCUAUUGCUUGUACGAAAAGGUAAAUGAAGAAGUGGUUCUUGCC